GGCCGUUCUGAGCAUGUCGUUGAGGUAAAUUCACAGCUGCUGUGUUGCCUUGCUUUGUCCUCUCCAAUUAUAAUCCUAAGUUCGAUCGCUCUUUGAGACGGCGCCCCAUCGUUGCGCCUUUGGGUGCCGACAUCGAGUUCAGCCAUGGGAUUUUCACUGGUCCCCCAAAAUGCUCGUGAACUGUGGAAGGAGUGGGAGCUGCGGUUCCUCGUCCUCCUCAGCUUGUUCCUCCAAUUGACCCUUGCGACUCAGGGCAGCCGGAGGAAAUCCAUGUACAAGUACUGGAUCCAAGUCGUAGUCUGGACAACGUAUCUAUCGGCCGACUCCAUCGCGACCCUCACGCUCGGCGUCCUCUCGAACCGUCUGGCCAACAUCAAGGAAGCGAAGGGGAUGAUCGAUCCGAAGAGCCAGAUCACAGCGUUGUGGGCACCGUUCCUUCUCCUCCACUUGGGCGGGCCCGACACAAUCACCAUUCACCGCAUAUGCCCUGGAGGACAAUGAGCUAUGGCUGAGGCAGUUGGCACGGCUUUGCGUCCAGGUGGGACUAGCUUGUUACAUUUACUUCCUGGCCUUGUCGGGGACAACACUGUCGAUAUUAGCGGCUGGCAUGAUCCUGGUGGGGUUCAUCAAAUAUGCAGAGAGGACAUGGUGUUUUUGUACUUGGCAAGCAAAGAUCGAUUUCGAGAUUCGAUGUUUUCGCUUCCCGAUUUUCGUCCCAUAUACCCCAGGAUAAUGGAGCAGUACACUCUGAAGACAGAGGAGGGUUACCGAGUCAGCAUUGACGAGGUCACGGAGGUUCCGGUUCCGGAGGAUCUCUCAUUGAAGAUCAGUCAAGCCGGCGACGAAGAGAAAGCCACGACCCUGGUCAAAGCCUAUGAGUUGUUCAAGAUCUUCAAGCUUCUCUUCAUGGGCCUUAUUCUCAACUCUGGCGACCUGGAGGCCAGUAAGCGCAUGUUCAAGAACCCUGGCGCCAUGGACUCAGCUAUGGCUUUUGGGAUUGUGGAGAUCGAGCGCGGGUUCAUGUACGAUCUGCUGUACACCAAGGCACUGUUGCUGAACCGUGCUUGGGGCAUCAUUCGUUGGGUCAUUAACCUCUCGGUGCCGUGUGCCGUGUUGGUAUUCUUCUCCUUACAGGAUAGGAAGGAUUACCCCAAAGUUGACAUAUGUAUCACCUUCUUGCUGGUAACUGUGGCUAUUCUUUUAGAGAUUUACUCGGUUCUUCUCGCAAUUUCAUCCGAUUGGGUUGACCACUGGCGGCUUCAGAGACCCAGGGGAUCCACAAUUUCAUCUGCCGUGGCUUUUCUCCGGAUCUGCCCACACAAAAGAUGGUCGAAUUCCGUGGCCCAGUUCAGCCUCUUGGGAUUAUCUUUGCGGAAAAGAAACGGGAUCUUCCGCAAGUGUCCGUGCCUCGCAAAGUUAGAAGAGAAGUUGGAGAAGAACUUCUGCAUCGAUUACAAAGUGUUCAAGACCAACAUAAAAGAAUGGAUCUUAGGUCACAUGAGGGCUACGAUAAACGAUCUGGAAAGGAAAGACGGAUUGAAAAUUGGGUUGACGGGUCUUAAGCUGGAGGCCAGCGAAGUACUGAAGAGGUCCAACAACGUUCACCUGAACUGGAGUGUGGAAGGUAUGGAGUUCGACCAGAGCAUCCUCAUCUGGCACAUUGCUACUGAGCUCUGCCACUACAAGGACCACGGCAAGAGGCAGGACCAAAUCUCGGACGACGUCACAAACUACAAGAUGUGUAAGUUGGUCUCACGAUACAUGCUCUAUCUUUUAGUACUCCAUCCUUCCAUGUUGCCAACAGGGAUAGGGGUGCUCCGAUAUGAAGAUACUUCGGUCGACGCUCAGAAGUUCUUUGAGGACAAGCUAGCGGUGUCGUCAAAGAAAGAAAACAACAUCAUCUCAUCGAAUGUCAAGAAGUGGGUGAAGAAAUUAUUCAAGAAAGAGGAACAUGCCCACCCCGGUGCUCAAUGCUGCAAGAGGGCGCACAAGUCAACAGAGUCGCGUGAUCUAUGUGAAGUCUGCCAUCUUCUGCUCCAACUGGGAACUAAGCUGCCCACCAGGAAAAUAGGCGGUGGCAAAAACAGGAAAUGGGACUUGAUCGGCAAAGUCUGGGCGAAGUUCUUGAUAUACGCGGCUUGCCAGAGCAAUAGCUCCAAACACCGCGAGAGCCUGAGCAGAGGAGGAGAGCUUCUCAGCCACGUUUGGCUUCUCAUGGCGCAUCUCGGCAUAGCGGACCCGGUACAAACUUCCGAAGCACAAUGCAUUACCAAACUGAUCCUGAACUAAAAACUUUCAGGUGGAACGUGUCCCUUGGUUAACCUACAGUUGUUGUUUGAGUAAGAUAAAAUAAGUUAAGCUCAUCAUCUUGAGAUGGUGAGGGAGUUAUUUCAAUAUAUGUUGUACUUGAGGAGUCAGGAAAUAAUGAAACUGUGAAUCGGUUGUUCUUCA